UUUUGUGUUUUGUAAUAUAUAAACUCAAAAAAUAAUUUCGAGUUUCGAAAAAUGCUUGUUGUUCUAACAUUAUUUAUUUCCUUCUAAUUAUAAUUAAGAAGUUAACAGUCAAAUCUACUGCGGGAUGGCUGCUUUGCAAAAUUUACAAGACUUCAUUAAAAGUCAAAGCAAUUCUACUAAGUUUGUAAAUUGUUCAGAUGUACCAUCUAUUUGUAAAUCUGAACCAUGCAUGUUAGGAGUUGACGAAGCAGGGAGAGGUCCAGUCUUAGGUCCAAUGGUAUAUGGAAUAGCCUAUUGUCCUACAAACCAAACGGAAAUUUUGAAAUCACUAGGAUGUGCAGAUUCUAAAGCUCUUACUGAGGAAAAAAGGGAUGAAAUUCUAGUAAAGAUGCUGACGGAAGAAGAUUCUACGCAAAAUGUUGGAUGGGCUGCAGAAAUCAUAUCACCAAAUUAUAUUUCUAAUUCAAUGUAUAGAAGAGCAAAGCAUUCACUGAAUGAGGUGUCAAUGAACUCAGCAAUUGGUUUAAUAAAAAAGGUUAUAGAAUUAGGUGCUAAUAUUACUGAAAUAUAUGUGGAUACUGUGGGUCCACCUGAGAAGUAUCAAGCUAAGCUGAUUGAAAUAUUCCCAGGAAUUAAAAUAACUGUAGCCAAAAAAGCUGAUUCUCUAUAUCCCAUUGUGUCCGCGGCGAGUAUAGUGGCCAAAGUGACGAGAGAUCAUGCACUGAAAGUCUGGCAGUUUCAUGAAGGCAUAGAUUUGGACUACAAGCAAUUUGGUAGCGGAUAUCCUGGAGAUCCACUGACGAAAAAAUUUAUUCGCGAGCAAAUAGAUAGAGUGUUCGGGUACCCUCUAUUAGUGAGGUUUAGUUGGUCAACAGCAGAGCUGAUGCUACAAGAAAAGGCAGCUACAUGCACAUUUGAAGAAGUCGAUGAACCAAAUACUAACAAGAAAUCUCCUAGAACUAAACCAAUCAAUACAUUCUUCGCAAAAGUGGAAAAUGGUGACGUGAAACGCAGGAAAAAACAUAAAUUUUUUGAAGAGAGAUUUUUGAGUAUGGAUAACGCGUUUGAAUAGGUAGGUUUAACUAAUUAUCAAUUAACUGUGUUAAAGAUUUUGUUUUGACUACUGAAUGUUUAAAUUAUGUGCGUAUGACAUGAUCAAGCAUUUGACUAUGGAUUGCAUCAAUUAAAAACGUAAUGAAAUGUAAUUUAUCUUUAUUUGAAAUAAACAAAACAAUUAUA